AUGGCCACCCACCUCGCAGCCGUCUCCCCAGCCAAAGGCCAACACUUUGAGCUCCAAUCCCGCCCCACCCCAAAGCCAGGUCCAGACGAGCUCCUCAUCGCCGUCAAAUCCGUAGCCCUCAACCCGGCAGACGCCUACAUGCGUGACCAAGGCCUCUUCAUACCCGCGUAUCCCACGGUCAUUGGCUUCGACAUGUCCGGCUUAGUCCUCGAGGUCGGCGACAACGUCCCGACUGGUGCUACCGACAAUGAUCCAGGCCCCUCUUUCAACCCGGGUACCCGCGUCGCCGCCUACGCCGCCUCAGUCUGGAAGUCCUGCGAUCCAGACUACGGCGCGUUUCAGGAGCGGUGUCUCGUCCCCUGGCAGCAUGCUGUGCCGCUUCCAGACGAGGACAUGUCCUGGAACCACGCGGCAACACUGCCGGUCGCCGUGGAGGUAGCCCUUAACGCGUGGGAUGCUAUGGGGAUACCCCGCGCGGGAGAAGCCUCUGCUUCUUCUGCUCCGGUCUCUGCUGGCUCUACCAGUAUCGAUACCGAUACCGAUACCGACAGAGGGGAGCAAAAGAAUAUUAAUAUCACGGGAAAAAGAGAAGCUAUCCUAAUCUGGGGUGCCUCCUCUAGCGUCGGCACCAUGGGCAUACAAACAGCCCGGCUGCUGCGGGACGAUCCCACCUCUUCUUUCGCAGCCGUGUACGCCACGGCCGGAUCGGCGAAUAAGCAUUAUGUGGGUUCGCUAGGCGCGGACCGCGUGUUCGACUACAAAGACUCACACAUUGUGGAUGCGAUCGUUUCGGCGGCCAGGGAGGACGGGUUAGUGAUCCGGCAUUGUUUUCUUGCGAUCGGGCAGCUGGCGCCAUGUCAGGCUGUGCUGAAGGCAUUCCUUGGAGAAGAUCAAGAAGGGAAGACGGCGAAGAUCGGGUCGGCGCCGGUGGUUCCUCCGGAUGCGGAGGUUGUGGACGGGGUAGAGACGAUAUUUGUGGUGCCGUCGACGGUGGAAGGGGAGAGGCUGGAGCAGUUCAGAUACUGGAUUGGGACGUGGCUGAGGGAGAACCUGGCCAAGGGAACCAUCAGGCCAAGUCCGGAGCCGAGCGUCGUGGGAAAGGGUCUGGAGGCUAUCAAUGCUGGGUUGGACAAACUGCUCCGGGGGGUUAGUUGUACAAAGUUAAUUAUCGAGGUAGCCGAGUGA